AUGGACCUCCGCGGAGAACAAGAACUGGGUAUUGACGACAUUUGGUACGUCCCCAGCAGAUGCUUUAUCGACGUGGGUUUUCGCACAAUCGACCCCUUCAGCAAGGAGCAGGUCUCAGAACCUCCGACGCCAACUUCGCCGUCCACCAGGCAUUCAAUCGACGAUGAUCCCUUGGCACCACCAUUGACUCCGACCAAGAUCAAGAUCAGUGACCCAAACAUUUGCAGAAGGCUCCUUCAUCGAUUGACGAUGAAGAAAGUAAGCCCCUGCUGUGCUCGGGAGACUCAGUACGGCGGAUAUGAAGCCACGAGGAUUGAAGGACGUGAUCAUCGCGUCAACGGAGUGAUCAGUGACAGUCUCUGCGAGUCGUCACUGUGA